CAAAAUAAAUAGUCGAUGCUCCAGCAAAAAACUUAGACAUCUACUUGAUGAGCUAAGUGAUGAAAAGAAGAGUAUAAUUCAACAUAUUGGCUUUGGUGGAUUACUUCAGCUCUCUUCCACAGAGAUAAGGCAUAGCUUAUGUAGAUGGAUAAUAACUCAUUUCAAUAUAGCCCACUGUAGGUUAGACAUAGGACAAGAAAGGCAAUUUCCAAUAACUUGUUCUGAUGUAGGUGAAAUUCUGGGUAUUCCAUAUAUUGGUAGGAGGCUCCUACUUUCACCUACCAAUAGGAAUAAUAGGAUGGAAAACCUAUCAGAUCUUAGAGAGAGGCUGAUUUUAAUGGAAGACAUGGCCGAGUUCAAAAAAUUGUUUAUCUUCUUCUCAUGUGCUACAUUACUUGCUCCAACAUCAAAGUUGGAUGGUAGUCAUGAGUUGUGGUGUACUUUGAUGGCUGGAGACUUUGACAUCAAUGUUAAUUGGGGUCAAUUUGUACUUGACACACUGGUUGCUGGAAUUAGACAUUUUCGAUUGGGUAAAGGCUCAUGGUUUACAGGUUGCCUUAUUUUUUUACAGCUUUUUUAUGUAAAUAAAUUUUACAUUCCAACCAUGUUGGUGCCACGUACCAUCCCAAUAUGUGCAGCGUGGACUGAUGACUUGAUGAAGAAAAGGGUGCAUGCCGAAUUGCAUGAUUAUGGUGAUUAUGGACUAGCUGAUGUUCAAGAAGAUGAAAGGGAGGAAGAUGCACAUGAAGACCCUGGUAAUCCAGUAAAUGAAGUUGAAGAAGAGACUACUGAUGAAAUUAUAGCAGAAUAUAAUGCAGCGGAGAGACAAAUUCACCAAUUGCUGUGAACAAUGAGAGGAGCAAUUGAUAAACUAGCAAAGCGGCAGAAUACAAAUAAAACCCCAUCAUCUUCUCAUCGAAGUAGAAGUCAUAAUCAACCUGAUAUCAAUGAUUCUUUCCCAUCACCACCACAUGAUACUUAUGGAUCGCCACUGAAUGAUCGUUUGAUGGUGAAGAUAAUGUAGGCCCAUCAACCUCACAGCCAGUAGCGCAGCAUAGCAUUGAGGAUGAAGUUCAGAUGAAUGCUAUUAUUCCUUACGAGACUGGACAUCCUCCAAUACGUUCAUAUCGGCUACAUCGACAUGCUACUGCCCUUCAAUCACCAUACGUGGUACAACCGUCAAUCAAAUUUUCAGCUUCUUCAUCUGUAGCAAAGCAAGUUUUGGCAUAUGCAUUGGACGAUACACGUGAUGAAAGCCAAAUAUUAUGUUCCAUGCACAAUUUCUUCUUGACAAGGUUUGACUUGAAAUGCUUGGGACCCGACAAAUUGGUUGACAAUAAGGUUGUAACCAUGCAUUGUCGAAUUUUGAAUGGUAUGGAUAAAGAAAAUAGGAAGCAUUUCUUAUCUCCAAACUUUGUGUCUGAUGUGGAAAAGAAGAGGGGUUCCUUAUCUCCAAAAUACAUAUGUGACAAUUUAUGGAAAUAUUUCAAAAAUACUCGGUUGUGCACAUAUGAACAGUUGUUCAUACCAAUAUGCAGGAAAAAUCAUUGGUAUUUAAUAAUUUUGAAUAUUCAUGCGAAAAGAAUUGAGUUAUUGGAUUCAUUAAUUGACGGAAGGAAAAAACGGAUGGAUGCCUUCAUAGAGAAACUGGUGAACGUUUUGUCAACUGUCAUUGGGAUUCAAGAAAGAAGACCAUCAGUGGACAUGACUGAAUUUGAAUUUGUUGUUCCAGAAGUUGUCCAACAAUUGAAUCCAACGGAUUGUGGCAUAUUUGUAAUGAAGUUUAUGCAAUUAUGGAGUAACGGUGGAAUUUCUCGUGCAAUUGCAAAUGACAAGGUCAUCAAGUACAGGGAAAAACUCCUAACACAACUGAUAAUGUCUCCAGAAAAUGAAGUCAGGGAAAAUGUCUACCAGGCUAUGGAUCAGUGAUGUUGUAAUUUUUUUGGUUUAUAGUUGUUGAUAUUUUUUUAUAGUCUGAUGGAGUUCCAUUUCCAAAUUUACUGGCAAUAAAGGGUUCUUGGUCCUCACCAACUGACAAUGAAAGGCCUUACAGUACCCCUGAUUCUGUAGUCUCUCAACUUAGGCCACUGCUUGUUGAGGAGAGUGGUCAUGUAACAUAGUGAACUGUGGUACACCUUAUCCUUGUAAAAUCUAGGAGAUAUGAUUAGGUUAUUUUGGGGUAGAGAAUGUUUCAGAAUAACUUUUACAAUUACCUUCCCUGUUAGAUUAGCUAUGAUAUCACUAAUAUUUAAAUUAUAUUCCAGUUUGGGCAUGUAAUCUGUGAAACCCUUUUUGGGUUGACUAAUGGAAACUAUGGAGUACGUUCUUGCAGGUUAUACAGGGCUAAGAAAUUCCCUGUUAUCUUGAUAACACUGCAUGGCAAGUGGAGAAGCCCCACUGCCAGUAAUUAUUAUAUGGUAUAUGUGCUGCUGCAGUUUUAAUCUGUAUAUAGAGUUACUAGAGGAUGAACAUAAGAUGUUUUGUUAUAUGAUCCAGCUUAAAUAGAUCCAUUGUGUACUGACUGCCCUCAUGAGAUGGACAAUAUUCUUGUCAAUAUUAUCUACAUGCAAAUGCAUAUUCUUAUGUA